AUGACCAACAAAAGGGAUACAAUCAUCACUUAUACGGGCAUUUCCAAUGAUCCCGCCAGCGUCAUCCAAGUCAGCACCGCACCGUGUGCAGAAACCCUCGCUGCAGAUGAGGUGCUUGUCGAGUUCAUUGCCUCACCCAUCAACCCGCAGGAUUUGCUCGUUAUUAGCGGCAAAUAUCCGGUGCAGCCCUCGAACCGCCACGAAGAACGCCUCAUUCCAGGCUACGAUGGCAUUUGCCAAGUAGUGGGCGUCGGAGCGGCCGUUAGCAAGCUGUGCGUCGGGGACAGAGCCAUUCCUCUGCGCCACGGCCUCGGCACGUGGCGCUCAUCAGCCAUUGUGAACGAGUCGCUGCUGAUCAAGGUGCCGGAAAAUCUCGAUCCAGUGGCUGGGUGUGUUCUCAAGAUGGGCGCCAUGGUGGCCGCGUGCCUGCUACGCGAGCGGCCGGCACUGCGCCCAGGGGACUGGAUCAUCCAGAAUGCCGGCGGCAGCACUAUUGCCACCAUGGUCUCCCAGCUGGCCAGGAUGUCUGGCGUGAAAACCUGUUCCAUCAUCCGGGACCGGCCGGCGGCACAAGAUGAGCGCCGACGCUUGCUUCAAGGCGGGGCCGACGCCGUCGUCACAGAGUCUGAGCUUGAGGCAGCCAGCGGCGCACCGCUACCUAUUCUACAGGGCAAGCGUGUUGUUCUUGGCCUCGACAGCGUCUUUGGCGAAUCAGGAACACGCCUUGUUGGCCAGCUGACGUUGGGGGCUACGUACAUCAACUACGGCUCGCUGGGGGGCAUGGACAAGGAGCUACGGUUGACGCAGCAGGAUGUGUUUUGGAAGCGCAUUACUUUCCGCAACUUUCGCCUGUCUGAGUGGACGGGCUCCAUGACUACGGAUGAAUUGCAGGACCUGCUGCAGUGGCUUAGCGAGGCCUUUGUUAGCGGGCAACUACGCGCGCCGGCCGUUCAGCUUGUGGAUGUAAGUGGCCAUGAUGCGGAGCACCAUGUGCAAGCUGCGCUGCGCAACUCAACCGCUUCGUCUGGGUGUGUUGGCACGAAAAAGUCUGUGCUCGUAUUCAGAAAGGGGAUUACGGGAGUGGAAUUACGGGAAACAACACCAGCUUCGGCGCCGAAGGAUCUGCCUGUGCGCGCUGCAGCCACUAUGGCAACAACUGGGCCGACGGGUGAUGUGGUGGUGGCGGCGCCGCCGGAGGCCACCGCCUCUGCAUAG